AUGUAUGAAACCAUCUUUCUCAUCAAUUUUGGCUCGGUCAUUUGUUGCAUUGUGAACCUGGCUAUUGAUUCGUCUUUCAGGGGUCCAGAUAACGAAAUAGUCGAGUUCCAAACCACUCUGACAACUGUCUCUGCCGUUGCGGUAGCUUCCCAAGCAUGUUUUACCAUUCUUUUCGGUCUAUACGCAUGGUGGCCAAUCUAUAACAUCUAUCAAGCUUUACUUCUUGUCGGUGCCGUUUUACAGUUUAUCACCUCCACCUUGAUCUUACUUGUAAACUCUGUUGAUCCAAGCACCGGUAGCCCCAAGUUGACAUCUGUAAUGAGAGUGUCGUACCGGUAUUCGCCACAUUUGAGUUGUAUAUUGACCAGUUCAGCCUUCAUGGGAUUUGGAAUUUCGUUGGCUGCUGGCAAAUCUUAUCGACUGAGUGAAGUUAUUACACGGUUCAUUCGCUUUUACAUUAUCUUGACGUCAGGUUGCGCCAUACUUUCGUUUGUAUAUAUUUGCAUCUCAUUCGAUAUGAUUGGCCCCAGCAAAGCCCAAGAUAGUUUGCUAUGGAACGUGGCUAGUGUCAACCCGGGUCUCUCUGUGGCCAGCUUUCUGUUGUGUCUGAUUGGCAUUAUAUCUGCAUUUAACGUGCAAGUCAGGCCUGGAUCUAUCCUGGAUGUAGAAGUUUACGACUUGUCAAAGCUGACAGAAUCUCAGUUUAUGGCUUACUCACAGCUCAUUGACAGGUAUAGCAAGCAAGUUCCUGGAUCUCCAAGCGGUUCAAAUGCUAUCUCGUUGAUGAAUGCUUAUAGAACAGCUGAUCAGGUUCCUGGUAUGGAGUGUCUGGUACUUCGAGUAUUCCGACCAGAACCAGUCAAUAUGCCCGUGGCUUUGGAUGCAGAAGCAGCUGUUGAAAACAACAAACCGCAUACCCAUUUGACAUAUGAGCAGAUUCCAGAAUGGAUCAAUCUGGAUAGGGAAAUGAUUCUUCCUUUUGACUCGGAGAACGACCAAAUGUCCGAGGUGACUGUGGUCCCUUCAACGCCACAGCAAAUGUCCAAGAAUAAAUUAAAGCGUUUGCAAAAGAAGAAAAUAAAGGGCCACAAGAUGGAUACUGUUCGUCAAGUGACUGCGGCCGAGGCCAUUGAUGAAAACUCUAUCAAGUUUCAGAAAGAAUUGAUGUCCACAGAAGCUUUAGUUUUGAUUACUGCAUUUAGAAACUAUGAUUUGACAGCCAAUGUAGAUGGAAGGCUUGGUAAACUUCUCAGUAGAUUCUUGGGCAGUCGUGCCCCAUUCUGGAAACCACUUUGCAUUAAUUUAGGAUUGGUGGGUUUUCACUGGCCAUUCAGGGAGGCUACUUUCUAUUGUUCACCCAGUAAGAGACCCGUAGCUCGUAGUGCUGCUGUUCUCAGAGCUAUCACCCAAUGGAAUGAUAGGCUGCCAAGGAAAGACCAGUUCACUGUACUCCUAAACCCUGUCUAUCAGCAUGAGGCAGCAGAGCAGGCUCUUAUCCCUAGUGGCUGGCUCCCUACACCCCUACCAGCAACACAUAUUAUUGACUUGCGGCCCUACAAAGGCAAGACUGUAUCAGAGUACCUCAAAGCUAUUAAGUAUCGAAACCAGAGUGGCGCAUUUCUUCAGGCUGGUGGUCAAUUUAUAGAGAGCAUUGAGUUUACCGAUGAAGAAUGCAAUACAGCCUUUGAUUUAUGGAAGAAUAUUGCUGACAAGAGGACAGGCGAAGGCAAGACAUCGGUUCUUGCAACUCCCAGGCAGAGUUUAUUCAAAUCUUUCGGACGCAACCAAGAGGUUGAAGCUGCUAAUGGUCACCGUUCACUUCUAUUCCUCAAGGUAGGUGAUGAUACUAUUGCAUCAUGUGUUUUGUUCAGACUUGGUGACACUAUUACAUCUGAUUUACAGGGUCUGGAUCAUGAACUUGGUAGAAAGUACAAGGCGUAUUUUGUGAUGAUGCAAAAAGUCAUUGAUAUCGCCCUGAGUGAAGGUAUCAAAUUUGUCGAUUUCGGACCGACUACUGCCAAACCAAAGAUAGAUAUUGGCAGUAAAAGUGUUCCGUUGAUGGGUGGCAUGUAUUCUAAUAAGUUUCUUCUGAGACGGGCCAUUAGCAUGACUGCAAAGAGUGUCAAUCAAGAGUCUGAGGAAUAG